CUUGUUACAGAUGGAGCAUGUCUUCAAAGAUUUGCUGAACAACCUAAAUAUACAGAAGUAAAUCCUGGUGAGGACGCAUUACUUACAUGUAAAAUAAUCGAUAAAGCUGGAACAUGUUCAUGGCAAAAAGAUAAUAAGCCAGUGGGCAUUUAUGCUAAAAAAUAUGAAUGGGCUGGUAGUAUACCACAUAUACAUUUACAGCCGCCAUAUAAUGGUGGAGAUUGUUCAUUAUGGAUACGUUCAGCAACAUUAGAUUUUGAUGAUGGCCUCUGGGAAUGUCAAGUAACAGCAAGUGAUUUUACUGCACAAGAUGCUUUAACUAGUUUACCUGUGCGAUUAGUUGUUAGAAUUAAACCACAGAGACCACGAUUGGAAUAUGAAGGUGUUCAUGUACCACCUGGCCAUAAUAUAACUGUUGAUAAUGGUGCUAUUGCGACAGUUAAAUGUGUAUCACAUUAUGGUAAUCCACCAGCGUUAAUUAAAUGGUUUUUAGGUGAUCAAGAAAUAACACCAUUAGGUCCACAAAUAAAUUCAACUGAACCAGAUAAUAGAAGAACAUGGUCAGCAACAUCUGUAGUUCAAAUUCCUGCGUCACGUGAUCGACAUGGAAUUUUAAUAAAAUGUGUUGCAUUACAUGAAUCAUAUGCAGCAAAAUCUGUAACUGUUGAAGGAAGAUUAGAUGUUAAAUAUGCACCUACAAUACGUUUAAUAGGAGCACCAGAAAUUGAUUUAGAGGAAGGUAAGGAUACUUUAAUAAUGAGAUGUGUUGCUGAUGCAAAUCCACCAGCUAGUAUUGUAUGGAGAAGAUCUGGUAGAACAGAAAUAGCUAGUUUACAGGAAACACUUCAGCUAAGGCCAGUAGGUCGACGUGACAAAGGUCUAUAUACAUGUCAAGCACAAAAUUCAGUUGGAACAUCUGAACAACUUUCAAUUGAACUGGAUGUAAAAUUUGCACCAAGAAUUGUAUCCGCUGGUCCUGAUCGUUUAACAACAGCACCAUUAUUUAGUCCAGCUGCAUUUGAUUGUGAUGCUGAAGGUAAUCCACCGCCAACAUAUAAAUGGGUUCAAAGGUUAGCACAUGGCACAAAAUAUUUAGAAAGAGGAAGCUCAUCACGUUUAGUAAUCGAUAAUGUUACAUAUGAUUACCAAGGUGAAUAUGAAUGUCGAGCAACAAAUUAUAUUAAUGGACAAGAGAGAAGUGUAACUUCUGAUCCAGUUUCGUUACAAGUUGUUGGUGCACCACAAGUUUUACGUUUAAAUCCAUCAAUGCAUACUGUUUCAGUUAAACGUGGUGAUUCAGCUAGUUUAUCAUUAGUUGUUUGCGCUGAUCCAAGACCACAUCAUGUUACAUGGGAAUGGGGCUCAUUAAGAUUACCAGCAGGAGAUGGAAUUGAUCGAUAUCGGGCUGAUGAUGUAUUACAGGAUUCACGUGAAGAUUGUUAUUUAGCAACAUUACAUAUAAAUAAUGCUGAUGAACAUGAUGCCAGACCAUAUUAUUUAGUUGUGGAAAAUGAACGUGGCACUGAUAGACAUGCCGUCCAUUUAGUCGUCGAGGAGCCUUUAGAGAUCAGCUAUCUAUUGGGAAUAGCAGGUGGAUGUUUGGCAGCUUUACUUAUUCUAAUUUGUUUAUGUAUUUAUGCGAUACGUGGAAAAAAAUGCUGUUUUAAAGGUCGUUCCGGUUAUAAAUCAUCAGAUAAAGACAGUGAAAAAGCUGAUUUAAAAUCACGUUCAGAUAGUACAAGCGGUCCACAAGGUGAUUCAAUUUAUACAACACCAGCUGGUUUUCAUCAUCAUCACCAUCAUCAUCACCCUGGACAUGGUUCACCAGAAGCGAUGAAGACACACUAUGUUACAAAAUCUUCAUAUCAAACUAUGGUAGAAUAUGAUGAUGAUCCAUUUUCUGGUCCACCUUAUCGAAGAUAUCUAGAUGAUACAGAAUAUUUAUAAAAUUUAAAAUGGAAUUAAUAAGAAAAAUGAAAAAAUAAAACAAAUUUUAUAGUACAAAUUCUAACUUACAAAAAAAAUAACAUUUUAAUCAUAAAUUGAAUUUUUGCGUUAU